ACCUGUACAACCAAAAUAUUUUACCGCAUCUACUGAAUUGCAGGUGUCUUCCUGAAAUCAUUCGAUUUUUCGUUCAGUAGCGGUACGUACCCGGUCAGGCAAGCUCUGUUCCCAGCUCCAAAGCGGCGCACCGUCAAAACUUCAGCGAUUCACUCCAUCCGUUGCGAAGUUGCCCAGCUUUAAACACAACAACAUCUCCACCCGUUUGAUGCUACAACGGUCUGCACAUGACAGCGACAUUACCGUUCCGUGGCGCACUCCCACAGGACAUGGUUUUCUUUCUGUAAACAAACUGAGCCUGAACCAUUGCAACGCCUCGGGACUGUGACCGUUCGAAGUAGCAAGUGCGCUCUGCCCAGGUUUUAAAGUUGGCCCUGUGCUCUCAACGACACAUCCCAAAGACUCAUUUGUCUUUGGCUCUCCAAGUUGAACGCACUCAUCUUUUGGACAUCUGUUGCAGAGCCAUGGCGGAUGAAAUAUUGUUGGCUAGGGCUUCUUGGGAUAAACGAAGUUCAUUCGAAAAGGGUAAUGAUGCCUCAAGAGAAAAGGAUGCUGUUGAUGAUGGCCUCGGGGGGACGGCGGUAGCUUCAUCCCCUGUUUUGAAAUUUGACCUUUCCAGAUUAGCUCUCGCAAACAAGCUUAGCAAUGAGUUGGUAGAGGAGGCCACGGAUGAAUUUGGGGUGAAACGGGAGGUUGAGUUGAUGAUGCCAGAUGAAUGUACGACUACUUCGUCGAGCGACCCUACCAGCGACUCUUCGAGCACCGAGACCAUAACAUCCGAAUCAGAGACUGGAGAAAGCACCUCUAAGGCCCAGAAAGUUCAACAGGCUGUACUUGAAUUAACGCCGCUACCUGAAGCGCAUAGAGCGGAAGGACCCAAUGGUAGAGAGAGUGGAGACAGUGCCAACAAGACGAAAGUCCAGCAGGCUGAACCUGAUCUGUCACGGUCACUGCCUCCUCUAGCUCCUAGGCGAGUGAGAUCGAAUGGGAGUGGCUUGGGAUCAAUGCUUCGAAAGAGUGUACCUACUUUUCUUAGGUCUCGAAGCCUUUCAACAAAUCCAGAGAAAGAGCUGGACAAUGCAGACCCACUUUUUCAGGAAGUCUUCCUGGCGAAAUCUGACAAGAAAGGAUCUAUCAACGCAGUCGACAGUGUACAAAUGCCGGCGUCUGGCUCAUUGACGGAUGAUGCAUUAGUAGGCAAAGCGCCGUGUGAGAGUGUGCACACCCCGGUGACUAAUUUGAGCUCAGGUAAUGUUCUGGUCCAAACGGAAUCACGGGAGAGCUCGGACGGCCUAGUUGGUACAAAAUUUGCUCCCGAUUCUGAAGCGGACAGCACAGUGUACGGGGUUGCGAAAGAUGCCACCAGCAUUGAUGUCGCAGACAAUGGCGCGAUUAGCGCUACUUCGAGCGAAGUACAAGAUCCUUGGCCCAACCCGUGGUCCGACGCCUCGACUCAGCUGAGAUCGAAUCACAAACCAGCUGCGCUCCCUAGUCCUCCAAUUGUUUCACCGGCUGUGGUUCCUGCAUCUGUCGUGGACAACGUGGUGGGUGUCGUCCUCAGUUCAAGUCUCGAAGACCCCCCAAAAGGCGUCACUCAGCCAAGCACCGUCGCCACGAACAUGUCGGCAGGGGACUCGAAUGGAACAGAUGAAGCUGGAAGAGCAGGUGAACUGGAUGAGGCGGCGACCAAAGCAUCAAAGGAAAUAACAGAAGCCGAACAAGACGGAACAAAGGAACCAUCGGAGCCCCAACCUGAAAAUGUACCUGAGAACGUUGAAGCAUCAGAGGCGCAGGAAUGUAGCCAAUGUCCCGACAGCGGCGACAGCUCGAAAGGAGUAACGUCAGGAGAGGCGAAUGCAUCGGUGAAGGACGACAGUACAGAACAAGCUGAGAAACAAGAAAUGAUAGCCGGGAAGCAAGAAAAGAGAGCCAAGAAACAAGAAAAGAAAGCCAAGAAGCAGCCGUCCUUUUUUAGACGGAUGCUGAAAGGAAAAGCGUCGACUGGCUCUGGCUCUAACUCCUCCAAACAGAGGGCGCCAUCCGAGACGAAAAAGGGCAAAAAGAAGAGCCAACUUGGCUGUCUCCUUUUGCUCAAACCUUGCACAAAGCACUCUACUACCAAGGAAGGAGCGGGGGCUGUCGAAGACGGUCCUAAGCAGCCCGUUGAAGCUGAUACUGAAGUUCUAGCUGCCGAAGAGGUCCUUGGAGAACAGGUUGGCGGAGACCCCACUGUCGCAAGCCUUGAAGAGGCAACGCUCAUGGAGAUACAGGCCAGCAUUGAAGGGUACACAGAAGACGAUACGACGCUCCAAGACACAACGACUUUGCAGGAUACAACUACGGUUCAAGAUUCAACCACAGCUUCUGCUUCUGCUUACCAUCUCUUCUCAAACAAAGCUUCAUCAGCCGCCGGACCGACAGUGCAAGCCUCAUCGAAUACCGCAACUGGGCUAGGGCUCGGUCUCGGUCCCGGCUCUGCCACGGGCACUGCCACUGGAACUGCCACUGCGACUGGCACGGUCACCGGCACUGCAGAUAUUGAAGAAGCCAAGUCUGACUUAAUGAAUAUUGGCACUGACCCCACGAAGCAAUCCUGGUUGUCAGAUAUGCCCUCAAUGGAGAGCAUGAUUCGGGAUCCUCAAAGGACUUUCUCUGAAGUGUCUUCUUAUGGCGACAUUAGCAAAGUUGACUCUGAAGCUGCGGGACCAAGCUUGAUCAACAACAUCAACUUCUACGUCACAGCUGCCACACAAGCCGUGCAGCAUAACUUGUACGACGUCCCCGUACGUGAAUUUGAAAAGCUACGAGAGCUUACGUGCAUUGGCAGGGAGGACAAAACCAGUAUGGAACAUGGGAGCCUUAUGGACAAGGAGAUCACGGAGACGGAAAGCCAUGACAGCGUCCUUGCCAACAACUACAACAACCAAGAAGGCAGCAACACGUCAAAGGAUCCCUUUUUAAUGGUGUUCAGGGAGUUGGUGGAUGUCUUGGAGUGCGGCGUUGGUGCUGGCGCUACACGACAGCCAUCAACCACGAAGCUCGAAGAAGAGAAACUUGACCCAAUUGAACAUUUGGGGUCUACUAGCAGAGGCAGAGAAGAUCUCGCGUUCUAGUUUUGUCUUUUGUGCCAUAGUGAACCACGCGAGAGAUGUGUUCACAAUAUUCAAGUUUUCAAGUUACAUACUCUAAUGCAUAGUAAAGGAUGUUUACCUGUCUUGCAAUUGAGGCCGCACUAUCACAAGUUUUCCCACCCAACG